UUUGAAAUAUGUCGAUUGUGGAGUUGCUGAAAAGCGUGGAUACGUUGGCUAAACUCAUCAACCAAAAAAACCAGGAGCUUGAAAGUCUAAAGAAAAACUAUGACCAGAAAUUAGGUCAAAUAAACGAUUAUAUAGAGAUGAUUCAAAAAGACGAACCCCAGACCAAAUUGGAAAGUAUUGAAGAUGGAGAUUUUCUUAAUAAGAUCAAUGAAAGAGUGACUUGUCCCAACUGCGAUCAUGAAAUAUGGAAUAACGAAUCAAAAGAAUCCGACUAUCUACUAAUACCGAAAAAGAAGUUAAAAUAUUUACUUGAAGAUUCAGUAGAAUUCAAGCAGUUGAGAAUAAAAGAUGAUGAAACACAUACAUAUAAAAAGCAUGCCCCUUUAAAUAACAAUGGGAAGUCCAAAAGAGUUUGCUCUUACUGUCACAAACCAGGCCAUCAGCGAGCUAGAUGUUUCAAGAGAUUAAAUUCUGAAACCUGAAUUGAGCUACAUCCAUUUGAAACUAAUCUAAAUGUAUAUUUCGCUUCAAAAGAAGAACACUAUAGUACAAUAAAUACAUUAUUUAAUUUACAAGUAAUGCACAUCACU